ACAUAUUUUGCCGGUUAUGCGUUCAAAAGGCAAACAGAGAGACACUAUUAAUAGCAAAUUCAUACUCAAUUGAAAUAUAAAAAGAAAACAAAAAAAAAAAAAAAAAAGAAAACCAGAAGUGAAGAUAAGAUAAUAAUGAACACUUUAUUAUGUAUUUUUUUUACCUUCAUUGCUUUACCAUAUCACGUGGUGAUGAGCAGUUCCUGCAUGGGUUGCGUGGAUUUAGAUGAAUUGAAUUUCGAUAAAACCGUACGACGCUUUCCAUACGCUUUAGUUAAAUUCGAUAUAGCAUUUCCUUAUGGCGACAAGCAUGAAGCUUUUGCCUCUUUCUCGAAAGCGGCGCAUACGGUCACCGACGAUAUACUAAUAGCAACAGUAGGUAUUAAAGAUUACGGUGAUCGUGAUAAUGUGAAGUUAGGCGAACGUUACAAAGUCGAUGAUAAAAACUAUCCCGCCAUUCUGUUAUUCCAAAAAGGCGACGACAAAAACUAUGUGCAAUUUCCCUCGUAUCUGGAUAUUACUGAAGAUAAUUUGAAAAGUUUUGUCAAUUCGCAUACGGAGUUGUAUAUAGGCCGCGAAGGUUGUUCACGAGAACUUAAUGAUUUGGCGAAAAAUUUCGCUAAUCUAAGCGAAGAAGAUCAGCUAAAGCGUUUAAAAGAUGUUGAGGAAUUGCAAGAGAAACUUACUAAAGAGCUGGAUAAGCAAAAUGCAAAUAUCUAUAAAAUUUAUAUGGAGAAAAUUCAAUCUAAAGGCUACAGUUUCGUUGAAGAUGAAACUAAACGUUUGGCUCGUUUGAAAGCUGGCAAAGUAACGGAGCUUAAGCGAUCUGAGCUCGUAAUUAAGUUAAAUAUUUUAGAAGCAUUUCGUGUUAAUAAAUUAACAAAAGAUGAGCUUUAA